AUGUCCCCGUUGCAGGGGCCCGUGACCUUCGCCGAGGUGGCCCUGUAUUUCACCCCAGACGAGUGGUCCCUGCUGGAGCCCGGGCAGAAAGUCCUCUACCGGGACGUCACCUUGGCCAACUACGCGAACGUGGCCUCGUUGGAAACGGGCCGCCGCUUCCCCACGCCCGACCUCAUCUCCCGGCUGGAGCGGGGGGGAGAGCCUUGCAGCAAAAUAAACCCGGCGCCUUGCUGGGGAUUUUCCCACGAUGGCCUGGGAGCGGAAGAGGGAUCACGGGGCCCCGAAACGCCCUGGGGAUCACUGGGGUGCUCCCAGCCCCCAAAUGGGUCUUCUGCAGUCAGGAACAGCCCAGCAGAAAGGGCUGAAGCCCCUGGGAAGCCCCCAGGGCUGCACUGGGAGCCCUCGGUCAAGGCAACUUUCCAGCUCCGCUGGGUCUCCCUCGCGGUGGUUUGUCCCAGGGUCCGCUGCAGGCUGAGCUCUGAUCUUGGCACCGUCAAGGCAAACGUCAGCUUUUUAAAAUAA